UGCAUACAUUUAAUUUUGUGCCUUCAUGUUCAUUCUAAUUUUUUAUUAUUAAAAUAUUUUUAUGGUAAUGUGCAUCUUCAGAUUUUGACCUUAAAAGUACAUGAACGUGAAUCGCCUACGCCCACUUCUAAUUGGAACAUGGACAAAUAUAUCAUCUCUCAUUAAUAUCUCAUCCUACAUUUGGAAAGCAUUCUCGUUAUACACAAGUCGUGUAUACGGAUUUUUCACAAAAAAAUGAAUGAAUGCGAGGAAACACUUUGCGAAAUGAAGUGGAACUUGGCUUUGCAUAUAUGUAUGUCGGUCGUGGUGUGGUGAAGAUAAUUUUAAGUCCAACCAGCUCCUGCUCAUGAUAAUCACGAUCAUGAAGAUUUCCAAAAGUUGCAAGAAUUUUGACCAAAUACGAAUUGGAACAACAAAUUGGUAGUUUGCGGUAAUGGUGAAGAAGAUGCUGAUCAGGCAUCUUGUGUUUUUUUUAUAAAUUAUGUACAAGUAGCUUUAUUCAACAUUCUAGUUAACAUAACUGAAACAAAACCUCAAUGUCUGCAAUUUCUUACAAACUUGUUAUUUUAAAACCUCAAGGCUGCGUGAAUUCUUCAAAGUGCAAAAACUGCUGACUUGUAUCUGUAGAUAAACUUCUUUGUAUUCUACAACAUUAUUAUUGUUCCACUAAGAUUCGACAACUAAGAAAUUUCUGUCUAGAUGCCUCGUAAAUACCCAACGGGCGAUGGGUAAUUGUGUGUACGUCUUAAAUUUUGUGGCGAAAAUGGGAUACACAUAUCCACCCAUCAUCAUCACAAUCAGGGAUGUGCACAAGUCAAAUGAGUUUUAUGUGAUGUUCUCAACGUUACCGCAGCCAAAACAGGCAGGAAGUUGUCAGCACAGAUUUGGGUGACUUACUACUGGUAUCUUUGCGGUAAUACUUGUAACUCACAAUCAUCAAAAUUAUGUCGUGUUUCUUAAUUUACUGAGACAUAACAGGUCACUCACACUUUGCAUGCCAAAGUUUUAACUGGCAGUAUAAGAAGGCACCAGUUCACAUUAAAAAUGGUAAUGAGACGAGAUGAGUGGGCUAAUUAAGUUGAUUAAGUUGUAAUUUUGCUACGGAGGUGAAACGCUUUCGCUUGAUAAGAAUGUCUAAUUCGACAUCACAUGUUAGUGUAUGUAUAAUAAUAUCAAGUAACACCACAAGCAACGCUGGUGGGAGUUAUAAUAAAUUUCUGGUUUUAUUCCAUCCUCAAAUCUAAUCUGUAAAAAAAUAUGGAAAUGCUAUGCAAAUUUUGAACCAACAUCACAUAAUGAUUAAGCACAAAAACCAUGAUCAGAAGAACAUUAUAAAAUUCACGAGUUAAUUCCAUAGAUUAAAACAUCACACUAAUUUCUUUCAUAUGUAAACUUUGGCGAUAUGAAUCCAACAUCAAUGCACAAAAUCAUUGAGAAAAUUAGUAUUCCCCACAAGCACGGAGCAGUUCAUGCAUAUAUGCGGGCAGGUCUUCUGGAAGAUUGAGGUUGCGAGUUUUACAAAGAGUUGGGCUAAUUUGAUUUGAUUAAAAUCGAUGGAGUCGUUGCAUGACGUGGGAUGUGAUUUGAUAAAGCCAGGUUCCAGAGGAGUUGCUGAUGCUUAUGAUUCUGUUUGCUCAAGUUCAGUCAUCAAUGCUAAAUAUCAGAAAACAAAUGGAACAAAACUUGCAAUUAAGUGAAAAUGCAUCCCAUCAUUAUUUACAUUCAGCAGUGGAGGGGUAUUAUUCACCAAUAAUACCAAUUUGGACUUUGUCUGUUUCCAACAGAUAUUCAGCCGAUACGACGUCACGAUUUUUACUUGCGUCGUGGCACGAUUAUUAGGGAGUUACAAAUCUAAGCUUGGACAAACUUUGUUGCAAAUUAGGUUGCAGCAUCGAGUUGAAAAUAAUUGAAUUUUUUAAAUACGAAAACAUCAAAAUAUUGGUAUAAGAAAUAUUUUGAUCCAAUAAUUUUGCUGUACAGAUGCUAUUAAGAAGAAGAACUAGUUCCUCAACGGAGCAGUAGCUUUGUUCCUUUCGUGUUUGUUUUUAAUCUUGUCGAGAUGAGUUUCACAGAACCGUUAGUUGUACUCUAAUUUUCUUGUAAUGAGCUGCAUUGGGCGUUGAAGGCAAUUGGUUGACGAUUCUGACCUUUGGCCUCACGAAAAUUGACUGAAAUGACAAUCACCGUAGCGUUUAUUUGUCUUCUUACAUAAAUACUAUUUAUUAUCAUUUGUGUAAAAAAUGUUUUUCUUUGUAUUUUUUCAGGUAAGGAAACUCCUUAUGAAGGCUCUCGUGUGUCAAUUGAACGUCGUAAAGUCCGUAAGGAAUUUGUGGUAGGAUCAACUCCGCAAUAAUGCCGACAGGAUUUACUGAAGGCUAUAUCCAAUUACAACCAAAAUACUCAAUGGCAGCUCCUGGUGCUGAUUGCCGAGCAGCUCAAACGUUUGAAAAACAACCAGAUUACAAUGAAGUAAAUCCUGGACAAGAGUCUAUCGUGACAUGCAAAAUCUUCAACAAGAAAGGUCAAUGUUCCUGGCAAAAGGAUGGAAAGCCGGUGGGAAUCUACCUGGGCAAAUAUGAGUGGGCCGGAAAUCCCGACACUGGCGACUGCAGUUUACGGGUGAUGAACGCCGCGUUGGAGUACGAUGACGGGGAGUGGGAGUGCCAAGUAACGGCGUCCGACUUCCAAGCUCAAGACGCGUUAACUUCACGCCCUGUAAAAUUGGUCGUUCGAGUUCCUCCGAACGCCCCGCAAAUCGAGUACAAUGGAACACAGAUCCCAACUGGAAAGAACGUGACCGCAGCCCAUGGUGCCCGAGUCGCUGUGAAGUGCUCGAGUCGAUAUGGCAAUCCUCCAGCCCUGUUAAAGUGGUUUGUCGGUGAGGAGGAGAUCACGGGAGUAAACCAGACGAACAAGACGGAGGAUGACAACGCCAAAAAGUGGGCUGCUCUAAGCAUCCUUGAAUACACUUUCACCAAACAACAGAACGGAAAGAUCAUCAAAUGUGUGGCUGUCCAUGAGGCAUAUCCAACAAAGUCACGGGACACGCAGACAAUUCUUGACAUUCAAUAUGGACCACAAAUAAAACUCUUGGGUCAGCCCGAGGGAGAUUUGGAGGAGAACAAAGACGAAGUUACAUUACGAUGCAUCGCUGAUGCUAACCCACCUGCGACAAUCGUGUGGAGGAAAGCCGGUCGGCCCGACAUUUUCUCCUUCCAGGAAACGAUCAGCCUUAAACCGCUUCUGAGGAGACACUCUGGUUCUUUCAGUUGUGAAGCCAAAAAUGAAAUUGGAAAAUCUCAACCAAUCACGGUCGACAUAGAUGUGAAAUACCCACCAAAAAUCACCCGUGCAGGUCCGGAACGAGUUGUGGUGGCUGCCCUUUACAACAGAACUGUCCUUGUUUGCCAAGCAGACGGUAAUCCCCAACCAGCUUACCAAUGGCUGCAGAAGACUACGACAGCUGAAGAGACCGUGUACGUGAGGGGGGCCGAGCAAAUGCUUGUCAUCCACAACGUAACGUAUGACUAUCAAGGUCGAUAUGUGUGCAAGGCUUCGAAUAUCAUUUCCGGCACCGAGAGACACAGCCAAAGUGAACCAAUCGACCUUAGUGUUAUGGGACCUCCACAAGUUUUGCGACAUGCGGUUGAGAAAGAAGUUGCCGUUGAGAGGGGCAGCGACGCAGCCCUUGCAGUUACAUUCUGCUCUAACCCCGGCCCUACGAAAGCCAUCUGGGAAUGGGGAUCAAUGAAACUCGAAUCUGGAUAUGAGAUGGGGCGAUUCACUGCGGAGAAAAUCGAGAAGGGCCCUCGUACAGAUUGUUACGAGGCACGACUGCGAGUAUCUCGAACUGAUUCUGCAGAUUCGCGAAAUUAUUACCUCAACAUUGAAAAUUCAAAAGGGAAUGACAGAUACUCUGUUGUACUUCAAGUCAGAGGAUUUGAUUUUAUAACAUUCGCAGACCCUGUGUCCAUGGCGACGGUUAUUGGAGUUAUCAUCGGAUGUUUGAUUUUACUAGUCGUCGUCUCAAUGUUUAUUGUUUAUGCCUUCAAAGCAGAAAAGUGGUGCUUCUCUACGUGGUACGGACCCUUUCAUCUUGAAAUGGAAAGCGAUUUCAAGCCAACUGAUCUCGAGAGUGAGAAAAGCGACUUGGAAGGAAGCGAUCGAAGUUCCAGCCAUGUGCACCAUCCCAACGGGAAAACCACUGGCUUUGCUACCAUCCCCACCUCGGAGAUGCAAUUCAGCCAUCCGCAGAAACGAAGCUCCCGACCCCCAGAUCCAAUUCUUCCACAGGAUAUCCAAAUUAUGAAGGUACACGCCGACAAACCAAACGGCAGAGAUGUUGAGGUUAACAAUGGUCGGCGACGAUCAUCUGCCAAUUCAACUAAGAGUGGGAUAAGCAACCACCAACUCUCUCCCCAAAAUAUUCCACCUCAUCAGCCCCAACAACACCGCCCUCACCACCCCCACGCUCGAUCUAAAGACAUUUCUAAGCAAAACAUUAUUGCAAAUCAGAAGCAAGUUGUUCCCAAAAAGUCUGGUGGUAAACUGGACAAGGAGGAAAACGUUGUGCAAUACUACCCUCCAUACAACGUUCAUAACCCAAAUGUGUCCGUGAGACUUUCCGACUCGCCAGAAACUUUUGGGUGGGCGUACGGCCAUGGGGGAAAUAGUUGUGAUGCUAACCAUUGUAGCAGUUGCAUAAUUAACGCUACCUCGCAGGGGCAUAAUAAUGGGGGACAAGUUUACAACAAUGCGGGCACGAACUCUUUGAAUAGGUGAUGGUUGCUAAACAAACCAAAAAGUAGUAGUUGCAACUCCUCUACUCUGACUCAGGAUUGCACUAAUAAUCAUUAUCCUCAUCGUAUUGUUAGUUCUUCAAAGAAAACUGAGAGUUCAAAUCCUAAUUUUAAAAGUAAUUCUAUUUCUUUUAAAACCUCACCUGUGCUCAACCCGCCCCCAAAUCUGACAGACGAAGAAAUUGAAAGACUUUCUCCUCCGCUCCCUCCUCCCCCAAAUUAUUAUUAUUGUAAAGCCCCUGACAAGCCCAACGGCAGAGGUAGCAUCAGGGUCUAAAUACUUAAAUAGUAUGUGGUAGAACAUAGGAUGACUUACUUCCUUCACCUUUCACUUGAAUUAAGAAAACGAUAUCCUGUUACCUAUCUGAGCUAUGCGCUGUAGUUAUACGUACAACUUAGUAAUAAUUACUCGAGUAAAAUACUAUGCUUAAUUUUAACUACCUAGAA